CAAAGUGGUAAAGGGGGUGUAUAGCAGAAAUUAUAGUUUUGUUUGUUUAUCUUUGUUUUCGAAGUUUCAUACUCUCCUCACACCUUCAACUCCACCCCACUCUACUUCCGAGCUUAGAGAUGCUGAGACCUCUCCUUCUAAAGCGUUCCCUUCGUCUCCACCAACACCACUACCACUCUUCAAGCCCUUCACAUUUCCACCCUCUUCGAACCCUCACAACCCCUCCAAACCCCUUCCUCCGUCGAUUCUCCACUUCACCGGAACCCUCUACGGAUGCCGAAACCCGUAAGUACUUGGGCUACGCCGCCCUCCUUAUCUUCUGCGGCGCCGCCACAUACUACUCCUUUCCAUUUCCGGAAAACACCAAGCACAAGAAGGCUCAGAUCUUCCGGUACGCUCCAUUACCGGAGGAUCUCCACACCAUUUCCAAUUGGAGUGGGACCCACGAAGUUCAGACCCGUAAUUUUCACCAGCCAGAGAGCCUCGAGCAGCUCGAGCGGAUUGUCGGUGAGGCUAACCAGAGGAAGACACGAAUUAGGCCUGUAGGUUCGGGCCUUUCGCCUAACGGGAUUGGGCUUUCGAGAAUUGGGAUGGUGAACUUGGGCCUGAUGGAUUCGAUAUUGGAAGUUGAUAAACAGAAGAAGAUUGUGAGAGUGCAGGCUGGGAUUAGGGUGCAGCAGCUUGUGGAUGGGAUUAAGGAACAUGGACUAACGCUUCAGAAUUUUGCUUCCAUUAGGGAACAGCAAAUUGGUGGCAUCAUUCAGGUUGGUGCACAUGGCACUGGUGCAAACUUGCCUCCUAUUGAUGAACAAGUCAUUGCCAUGAAACUGGUCACCCCUGCCAAGGGGACAAUAGAAAUUUCAAAAGAGAAAGAUCCGGAGCUGUUUUAUCUCGCUCGUUGUGGUCUUGGGGGACUUGGAGUUGUGGCCGAAGUCACCCUACAGUGUGUUGAUCGACAGGAGCUUGUGGAGCACACUGUUGUCUCAACCUUUGAUGAGAUAAAGAAGAACCACAAGAAAUUGCUAGCUGAGAAUAAGCAUGUCAAGUACCUUCAUAUCCCUUAUACUGACUCAGCCGUGGUUGUGAGAUGCAAUCCUGUUUCAAAGUGGAAAGGUCCCCCCAAAUUCAAGCCAAAAUAUACUAAAGAUGAAGCCAUACAGCAUGUCCGCGAACUUUAUAGGGAGUCCCUCCAGAAAUAUAGAGUGGAAGGAUCUAGGAAUAAAUCAUCAGAUGAUGAACAAAAUAUCGAUGAGCUUUCUUUUACAGAAUUAAGAGAUAAGCUAAUUGCCCUAGACCCUCUCAAUAAAAAUCACAUCGUCAAGGUCAAUCAAGCUGAGGCCGAGUUCUGGAAAAAGUCAGAAGGAUAUAGGGUUGGAUGGAGUGACGAAAUAUUGGGAUUUGAUUGUGGAGGCCAGCAGUGGGUAUCAGAGACAUGUUUCCCUGCUGGUAAACUGGCAAACCCAAGCAUGAAAGAUCUUGAAUAUAUUGAAGAUCUGAAGAAACUUAUAGAGAAAGAAGAGAUACCUGCUCCUGCUCCAAUUGAGCAGCGAUGGACAGCUAGCACCAGGAGUCCCUUGAGUCCUGCUUCAAGCCCGUCGGCCGAUGAUAUAUUUUCUUGGGUUGGUAUAAUCAUGUACCUGCCUACCAUGGAUGCUCGCCAGAGAAAAGAUAUAACGGAUGAAUUCUUCCAUUACAGGCAUCUGACUCAGGCAAAAUUAUGGGAUAAUUACUCUGCUUAUGAACACUGGGCAAAGAUUGAGGUUCCGAAGAACAAGGAGGAGCUUGUAGCACUCCAAGCAAGGCUGAGAAAGCGGUUUCCAGUGGAUGCAUACAACAAGGCCAGAAAGGAAUUGGAUCCCAAUAGGAUCCUUUCCAAUAACAUGGUUGAAAAGCUCUUCCCCCAAUCAGAAACCAUAUGAAAUUAUGGGUUGGUUAUUUCCUCUUUAGUAUAUCUUCAAAUUUAAGUUCUUGACUGCAGCCACACAUUUGGAACUUCAGGAUGCAAAAUAUUAGUUACACUUACACAAUCAGGACUAUUAUUAUUAUUAUACAUCAGUACAUUCUUUCAUUUUAUUGCCUGUGCGGAGAGAUGCCUUGAACUCAAAAGACAGUUUAAGAGUUGUGAUGUAAUGUAUUAAGAGCUGGAUUAAAUUUUUACUUUGUUGUUACUCAUCCCAUUGGAAAGAGGAAGAAUAAAGAGGAAAAUCUGGAAAAUGAAAGUCUGUUGGCAAUAGACUUUAUGAAUUGCUUAUGUUUAGGAUUAGGAAUGAACUGUGUCCAUAUUGUUUAGUACAUUUGCAUCAAAUUUGAUAGGGAACAUUUCACUACCCUCUUGUUUUUCAUGCUGUGCUUAUUUACAUUGGAGGUUUUAGGUAGGAUCUUACUACUGUGUUAUGACCACACGAUUUGUUCUCCUUCUUAAAGUAAGAUCUCGAUGUUCCAUGUUGACUACAUUAUCCCUAAGAGUUGAAUUGGGAAACAGAUAAAGUUUAAUGUGAAUCCAAAUUGCAUUAUGAUGAUCCUAGUCACUCGUGAAUGACUUAUAGUAGCAAGUGGAAGCUUCUUUGUCAAAUUGUUGUAACUUGUAAGUUAAUCUGUUUUCCACCUUGGAGUGUUUCGAUAUGUAUUCAUUCAUAUAUCAAUAGAAAAAUAAAUGAAUUUGUGAUCAAUUCAAGUUCUAUAUAGACAAUGUAUGCAACUAUUAUUAAUUAA